AUGGCAGGAUCUUCAGUCAAACCCACUCCCCUUUUGAGAGAUGAGCUAGAUAUAGUCAUACCCACUAUUAGAAACCUUGAUUUCUUGGAGAUGUGGAGGCCUUUUUUUGAGCAAUAUCACUUGAUUAUAGUCCAAGAUGGUGACCCAUCAAAGACCAUCAAGGUCCCUGAUGGUUUUGACUAUGAGCUCUACAAUAGGAAUGAUAUUAAUAGGAUUCUGGGUCCUAAGGCUUCUUGCAUUUCAUUCAAGGACUCUGCUUGUCGCUGCUUUGGUUACAUGAUCUCCAAGAAGAAGUAUAUCUACACCAUAGAUGAUGAUUGCUUUGUUGCCAAAAACCCAUCAGGUGAACAGAUUAAUGCACUCGAGCAGCACAUCAAAAACCUUCUGAGCCCAUCCACUCCAUUUUUCUUCAACACUCUAUAUGAUCCAUACAGAGAAGGUGCAGACUUUGUUCGUGGAUAUCCUUUCAGUCUUCGAGAAGGUGUUACCACUGCUGUUUCUCAUGGCCUCUGGCUUAAUAUCCCUGAUUAUGAUGCUCCCACCCAGCUUGUGAAGCCUCUUGAGAGAAAUAAACGAUAUGUUGAUGCUGUUCUGACAGUACCUAAGGGAACUCUUUUCCCGAUGUGUGGUAUGAAUCUGGCAUUCAACCGUGAAUUGAUUGGACCAGCUAUGUAUUUUGGGCUCAUGGGUGAUGGUCAGCCAAUUGGACGUUAUGACGACAUGUGGGCUGGCUGGUGCAUGAAGGUCAUAUGUGACCACAUGGGAUGGGGAGUUAAGACUGGUUUGCCCUACAUAUGGCACAGCAAGGCAAGCAAUCCAUUUGUUAACCUCAAAAAGGAGUAUAAGGGCAUCUACUGGCAGGAAGAUCUGAUCCCAUUCUUCCAGUCUGCAGUUCUUCCCAAGGAAUGCGUCACUGUUCAACAAUGCUACAUCGAACUCGCCAAGCAGGUCAAAGAGAAACUUGGCAAGGUUGAUCCCUACUUCAUUAAGCUAGCUGAUGCCAUGGUCACUUGGAUUGAAGCUUGGGAUGAACUCAACUCUUUGGAGGAUAAAUCUUCAAAGCAACCCAAUGGUACCUCAAAGUAG